AUGGACAGCGAGAAGCUGCUAUUCUACGAGGCUCUGCUGCAGCAGCUCCACGACGAUGACCUGGAGGACGCCGCCGCAAGCAUAAAGCAGAAGCUGAAGAUAGAGCCCAACGGGUUGCUGCGGAGGAACCACCUGUUCGACCUCUUCCGGAACAAUGCCUACCUCUCCUCUCGGGUGGUGGCCGCCGCGGGCGGCAGCGACGUGCAGACGGCUGAAAAUGCGUACGAGCUGCGGCUCCAGGAUGUUCUGGACGAGGCGCACCAGAGUAGCGCUCCGCAAGAUAAGCCGUACAGGCUCACCGGGUUCGCGCCAUUCUGCGACUUCCCCACGUAUAGGCCUUGCCGAUGCGUCGCAGAGUCACACGACGGCAGCCUCAUGGCGACGGCUGGCGCGGGCGGGGCGCUGCACGUCAUUCCGACCAUGCCCGCCAACGGAGAGGCUAUACGAAGAAAACCCAAUUGGCAGAACACCACCCGGCUACAGGGGCACCAGGAGCAGAUCGAUGCAAUUGACUUCCAUCCCAGGCGGAACAUAAUCGCAUCGGGUGGCGCGGGGUGCAAUAUCUUGAUCCACGACGUCAGCAUAGCGAACGGAUUCGUUCAUUCAGUCACCGAUAUACAGAGGCUGAGUGACUCGUCGCAGAUUCGUUGUCUGCGCUUCCAUCCCUGCGGUGAUUUCCUGGUUGUGGGCACCUCAAGCCCGGUGGUGCGCCUGUACGAUAUAACCACGCGAGCAUGCUACACCUCCAACCAGUCGCGCCGGCAGCACCAGGGCGGCAGCAUCAACGGCUGCGACGUGCUGCAUACGGGAGGCCUCAUAUUCACGGCGGGAGACGACGGAUCUAUAUUGAUGUGGGACGGGAAGAACCUCGACGUGCUACGCACCAUGGAAGGCGUGCACGGCGGCAGCCCCGUGCUGUCGGUGCGCUGCGAAAAAUACGGGCGCUACCUCACCUCCAGCGGGCAAGACGGAACCACGAAGGUCACAGAUCUACGGAUGAUGCGAGAGCUCACGUCGGUGGGCCGCGUCAGCCGCGGCGUUAUGCGCGCAUCCUCUGACUUCAUGUUCAACUCACGAUUUGUCACGACCUUUUCGGUCGUGCAGACAGGCCGGCGUGUUACGAACGAGGUGUUGGUGUACUGCGUUGACACUGGAUCGCAGGAGGCGGAUAUCAGCAGCAUCAUGGGCCGAGCUGCAGUUUUCGACGUCCUGGCGUCCAAGCACGAUAUGGCCUUGUACCUGCUGAUCGACGAUAGCAGCUGCAAGGUUAUCAGUUUCUUCGAACCCCCGGCGUAG